AUCACUUUUAGCUUUCUGGCUUCUCUGCUUAAGCUCUCUCGAGUCUGCCUCAAGUGUUUUUGGGGGAAAUUGAUUUCGUUGAGAAAAACCCUAAAUUCCGAACUUGAAGCAAUUUUUCAAUUUCGUUUGCAGAAAAAUGGCAAAGGAUAAUGAAGCAAUCGCCAUUAACGAUGCGGUUCACAAGCUUCAGCUCUAUAUGCUCGAAAAUACCACUGAUCAGAACCAGCUCUUCGCGGCGAGGAAGUUAAUGUCUCGAUCAGAUUACGAAGAUGUCGUCACUGAACGAGCAAUCGCUAAGCUCUGUGGUUAUACUCUUUGCCAGAGAUUUCUCCCUUCCGAUGUUUCUAGAAGAGGGAAGUAUCGGAUUUCGUUGAAGGACCAUAAGGUUUACGAUUUACAGGAGACGAGCAAGUUUUGCUCCGCUGGUUGUUUAAUUGAUAGCAAAACGUUUUCGGGGAGUUUGCAAGAGGCUCGUACAUUGGAGUUUGAUUCGGUGAAGUUGAAUGAGAUUUUGGAUUUGUUUGGUGAUUCUUUGGAAGUGAAAGGUUCUUUGGAUGUGAAUAAGGAUUUGGAUUUGUCUAAGCUUAUGAUUAAGGAGAAUUUUGGAGUUAGAGGUGAAGAAUUGUCUUUAGAGAAGUGGAUGGGUCCUUCUAAUGCUGUUGAAGGUUAUGUUCCUUUUGAUCGAAGCAAAUCAAGUAAUGAUUCCAAGGCUACUACUCAAAGUAAUCAAGAGAAGCAUGAGAUGGAUUUCACUAGCACAGUAAUUAUGCCUGAUGUUAAUAGUGUUUCAAAGCUUCCACCGCAAACCAAGCAAGCUUCUACUGUUGUGGAAUCUGUUGAUGGCAAAGGGAAAACAGUUCUGAAAGAGCAAACUGUAGUUCCUCCCACCAAAAAAGUUUCGAGAUUUCGUCGUGAGAAAGAAAAGGAGAAGAAGACUUUCGGGGUUGAUGGGAUGGGUUGUGCCCAGGAAAAAACUACAGUUCUCCCCAGAAAAAUAUUGAGUAAGCACUUAGGAAGCUGUGAAGAUAGUUAGGCCUUACUUUCAAGAUAUCUCUUAAAAUAAUCUGUAUAUGUUACGUUUUUUUCAUUUUGCUGUAUUCAUUUGGUAUCUCGAAUGAGAUUCUUUAUUCCUUGGGUCUCUAAGUUGUUCUAAUGAUUGUUAGGCAGUUUUUGUGCCUGUGUGACUCUGUUUAUCUGUCUAACAUAUGCAGGUUUUUGUAAUGAAAUAGAGAAGGAUUUUAAGAAUUUUGGGUUUGAUGAGAUGGGUCUUGCGAGUUCUGCUAUGAUGAGUGAUGGAUACGGCGUAGAAUAUAGUGUGUCUAAGCAGCCACAAUGUUCGAUGGAAGAUUCUCUUAGUUGCAAGCUAAAAGGAGAUCUUCAGACUUUGGACGGGAAAAAUACCCUAUCAGGAUCCUCUUCUGGUUCUAAUACGAAGGGCUCGAAGACAAAACCAGAGAAAUCAAGAAAGAAAAUUAUUUCUGUUGAAUACCAUGCUAAUUCUUAUGAAGAUGGUGAAGAAAUCCUUGCAGCUGAAUCGUAUGAAAGACAUAAAGCUCAGGAUGUGUGUUCAUCAAGUGAAAUCGUCACUAAAUCAUGCCUUAAAAUUUCUGGCUCGAAGAAGCUUAGUCGUUCAGUUACUUGGGCCGAUCAGAAUGAUGGCCGUGGUGAUCUUUGUGAGGUUAGAAACAAUGAUAACGCAGCAGGUCCUAGCCUGUCUUCUAAUGAUAUAGAGGAUGUCAAUAGUUUAUCACGCCUUGCAUUAGCAGAAGCCCUUGCUACGGCAUUGAGCCAGGCUGCCGAAGCUGUUUCUUCGGGAAAUUCAGAUGCAAGUGAUGCCACUGCAAAAGCUGGAAUCAUUUUGUUGCCCAGCACACAUCAACUUGACGAAGAGGUUACUGAGGAACAUAGUGAGGAGGAAAUGACUGAAGAGGAACCAACUCUUCUCAAGUGGCCAAAUAAGCCCGGGAUUCCAGAUUCUGAUUUGUUUGACCGUGAUCAAUCGUGGUUUGAUGGACCUCCAGAGGGCUUCAAUCUCACAUUAUCAAAUUUCGCUGUGAUGUGGGAUUCACUGUUUGGCUGGGUAUCAUCGUCCUCUCUGGCAUACAUAUAUGGGAAGGAAGAAUCUGCUCAUGAGGAGUUCUUAUUGGUUAACGGGAAGGAGUACCCCCGGAGGAUUAUCAUGGUAGAUGGGCUUUCCUCAGAGAUCAAGCAGACAAUUGCUGGGUGCCUUGCCAGAGCUUUACCGAGAGUCGUCACUCAUCUCAGGCUGCCAAUAGCGAUAUCCGAGUUAGAAAAGGGACUGGGAAGCUUGUUGGAGACAAUGUCGUUGACAGGAGCAGUUCCAUCAUUUAGGGUAAAAGAAUGGCUAGUGAUUGUUCUUCUUUUCUUGGAUGCGUUGUCUGUAUCACGUAUCCCUCGGAUUGCACCUUAUAUAUCCAACAGAGACAAGAUUUUGGAAGGAAGUGGAAUUGGAAAUGAAGAGUAUGAGACAAUGAAGGAUAUCCUGUUACCACUUGGCCGUGUUCCUCAGUUUGCUACCCGAAGCGGGGCGUAGACAAAACCCGGGUUUAAGGUUUAUUGGUAGAAGAAAGAAAUCAACUUAAGAUAUAUGAAAAUAGAGGAGUCUAUAAUUUUGAAGCCAUUGUUUUGAAUGUAUGAAAGAUCUUGAAGUCAUGCUUGGCUUGCUUUUUACUUGGAACAAAGAUUUGUCGCAUUUCGAUAUAUGAUAAAUGGGUCAGAGACGUUGAGUUGUUCCUUUUAUGAAAUUUCUUAUAAGUUAGUAAGUUAAUGAGUUUGAAUUGAAAUGUCAAAUUUUCUUUGACUAAGACAUGUUUUCGUCUAAGAUUUUGAUUCUAGACUGUGUGUUUCUAUGCAUGCGAG